AUGACUAUCCCUGUAAGUAUAUUAGCUAUUGUCUUUAACCUUCACGUGCAAUCCUCUUUCAUACUCAACGAUGUCCAUGAGAUUUUAGAUAGCGGAGGUGGUUAUGACCUCGGUGGUGUUUGGCGCCCACACACUGGUCGAAGUGAAGUGGUGUUCAACAAUUAUCCCGACUACUAUAGCGGUGCAGAUAUGGCAUACUGUCAACCAGGAUUCAUGUCAGCUUAUGACCCGAUGUUGUUGGGCGAUUAUUAUAAUUGUCCAACUGACUAUUAUGGGUCGUAUGAAUCACUUGCCAUGUAUGAGGAACAAUUACGCUUGAUGAAUAUUAGUCAAGCGGAGCGCCUAGCUAGAUGGAACAGCCGCCUUCAAUUCGAAGAACUUUGUGAAGAGGAGCGCGCACUCCGUUAUCAGAUGAUGGCGGAAGAAGAGCGCAUCAGACUGGGUUUGAUGGGCUCCUCUUACUGGGGGUCUCGCUAUGGUGGAUAUGGCUAUGGCGGUUUUCCCAUAUCAGGAACGAUGUCAUCUUGGGGCACCUCACGGCUACCUCUGAGCAGUGGCCUAGCGUCUCGCUAUAGACCACGCUAUGGCUCUGGGAUGAGGGGUGUGGGUUACGGCUAUGGAAGCGGAAGCCUUUGCGGAAGCACAUAUGGGCCUGCCUCAGGUGGGUAUCCGCAAGAUCUCAUUUCUGGUUACAGUGGCAGAGGUCGAUUAGGACUCACCACAGGAAGCGUUGCCUCUAAUAUGUUCAAUGCACAGAUAGAUGAGGCCAAGCGUCUAAGAAGACACGCACGCGAGUAUGCGCGACAAACUCGGCGACAAUUGGCAUACUAG